CAAGUCUCAAAAACAAGACGGCUUCUGACCUGGGGCCCAGCCAGAGUCAAUGACAGCAGAAGCAUACGCAGCCACUACCAUCCUUCCUGGCUUUAGUGCGAAGCCAUGGCAGGCAAGUCCACCCUGGGUGACCCAGCCCAGGCUCCCAGCUCCAUACCAGCACCAGGAGAAGCCCUGGAAGAGGAUCAGCCUUCUCCAGGAGCUGGGCGCCUUCCACAUCAUCAUCUCUGUGCUCCACCUGCUCUUUGGGGGUUACUUGGCCUUGACAGUCAAAAGCCUGCACCUGGUGGUGCUGAAGUCGUGGUUUCCGUUCUGGGGGGCAGCCUCUUUUCUCAUUUCAGGGAUCUUGGCAAUCACGGUGCAGACCUUUCCUAAGACAUAUCUGAAGGUCCUGUGCCUGAUGACGAAUCUCGUCAGCCUCUUCUGCGUGCUGUCCGGCCUCUUCAUCAUCACCAAGGAUCUCUUUCUGGAGAGCCCAUUUGAGUCCCCAAUCUGGAGAACAUACCCUAACUCCACAGUCUGGACCCAGAGGCUGGAGCUGGCCUUGUUCUGCCUCACCUUCCUGGAGCUCUUCGUGUCAGUGCCCACGGCUAUCAUAGCCUGUAGGAGGGACCACCUGUCGGCAGAGGAGGAUAACUUGUACCUUGUUCCUGCCACACCCUUGGGACCCAGGCAUCUGUCGAUGGACCUUCCACCAACCUAUGAGGAUGUAACUCAAGGCACACACUGAAAUGAAAAAUAUCCCAUGGCCCCUUCUCCCAGCACAGAUGGGAAUGAGUCCCUGGAGAGCUGAUGUGAAACUGUCUGCCCCAGGGGUGGUGGCCAGGAUAGGAGGCAGCCCUAUCCUCCCAGGCACUAGAGGAUAGGGGCCCCACCUAGAGGCAUGGUCCUAGCACAGGACUUGCUGGGCUGCAUCAGCUGAACUGGAGCAUGACCAGGACCCACUGCCCUCCAGAACAAACCCCUAGGCCAACAGCCUCAGGAUUCCCCCCAGCCCCAAGCCUCCCUCACCUGCCUUCUCUAAUCCAUGGGAUGGUGAACGCACAGAGAUCUGUGAGGGAGCCAGAGGAGGCCUUUGGAGCCAGGGAGAGGCAUGGUCCCUGGGGGGAACUUGUACAUCUGAAUCCCUGGAUCGGGGGUGGGAGCAGCAGGGGAAUUGAGUCAAACAUAAUGAGUCUUUUUGCCUGCCUGGGUC